AUGGCACCUACUCCAGAUUUAUGGCCAACAUGUAGAAUCGUGCCAACUGCCGAUCAGAGAACGUUGGUGAUCGUGGCAUGCGUGUAUAUUGUGGUAAUCGUCUUGUUAUGGAAUAUACCUUAUCUAAAAUUGUUACUGUAUCCUUUCAAACUUUUAACAGUCGGAUUCCAUGAAUUCAGUCAUGCUUUUAUGGGCUUAUUAACUUGUGCAAAGAUUGAAUCAAUUCAUCUCGAUCCAAACGAAGGUGGAGCAACGAGAAUGCGAGGAGGAAUACCGGCUUUAACAUUACCGGCUGGCUAUUUAGGAAGUAGUCUUAUUGGAGCAGCAAUGAUUGCAACCUCUUUUGACAUUCGUGCAGCUAAAGUUAUGACUUUGGUCAUUGGCGUAUUCUUCCUUUUUACACUUUGGUGGGCAAGAAGGGAUUGGCUUACUUGGGUUUUGCUCUUGUGCAUGGCUGGCAUCAUUGUUGCGUUUUGGUUCAUUGCACACGGCGUGGCAUUGCAAUACCUUGUCUUGUUCUUGGGAGUCAUGUCCUGCCUAUAUUCGCUUUGGGACAUUUGCGACGAUUUGAUCUUCCGCAAAGUGAACGAGUCCGAUGCAAGCGCUUUUGCCAGACAUGUCGGAGGCGACAGUCGUUGCUGGGGGGUGUUCUGGCUUAUCAUUUCUCUGGUCUUCUUUGCCGCUGGUAUCAUUAUUGGUAUCGUCGCUUUCAAAGAUACAGAAGCACAACAAAGAGCAUCCAACUUCCUCGACACAAGAGCAUUUAAGCAAUAGACAUACCAUUCAAUAGCAUAUACCUAAGAGACUGCUGGUCAACUUCUCAUUGUUCAUUAAUUCAUCAUUCAUGUAUUUCUGUCACUUUUGUCAAAUAUAAUUUUCUUCUUGUU